GGACAGCGCAUAUCUGCCUAUGAAAAUGCAGCAGUCACACCGAACACGCAACAGAUGAUGGGCUUCAAGGUCGUGAAACGCGCUGGGCCUCCACCAUCAGAUGGCCUUUCGCUGAGGGACUUCCCUAAUGAGAUCUUGACGCAGAUCCUAUCACACCUUCACCCUGACUCGCAUGGAGCGGUUGCUCUCGUCUCGAAGAGAUUCUACGCCCUGGUGACCGAACCACACGCAUGGAGGAUGGCAUUUCUGCGCUAUUUUCCUGGUGAAGGAGCUCUCCUCAGGUUGCCACACCGCAACGCAAUCCUGGAGGGCGGCGAUAAAGAGGAUGAGAAUGUAGUGCGGUCAGAAUUCCGGCACUUCACCCGCCUGACGUCCAUGGCCUCGUGGCGCAGCGAGUAUCUGCUUCGAACCCGCCUUCUGCGUAGCGUCGCGCGCGGGAAGCCGGGACCCAGCUCAGGAGGAGGUGCUGGGUCUUCGUCGCGGUCUUCACACUCGAACAAAAAGGGCAGCGCCGUCUUAACCUACAACUCGAAGCUCCCCUGGAUGAUCAGCAAUGUCCACGCUGUGUUCGAUAAUUCCAACAAGGGCCCCAAGGUCAUAGUCGGCACGACUGACUUGUGCGUAUCUACUGUCAGCGACCCAUCUACGGGAAAGGUGGAGAAAUGGGGCCUCGAUGAUCCGUUCGCCUUCGCCCAGCUAGACGAGUUAUUUCCAAACUUGGAACCAUACGGACUCGCGGACGGCCCUGCUGCUGUCUAUAAUGUCAUGGAUCUGAGUCAGCCUUACGGUAUGGUUGGCGGUGAAGGCUUCCCUGGCGGCCGGCCGUAUUUCCGUGGGACCAGCGACGUGCGUGGCAGGUACCUGGGCGGCUCGGACAGCUCCAUCAUCGACAUGAGCCCCGAGGUGCCCAAAAUCCCCGAGCUGAUGGAAUCCAUCUGCAGUGUAUGGAUCGCCAAGUCUUCGGCAGUGCCUGUGAUGACUCAACACAUGGUUGGCAUGAUGACGGGCUCGUCUCUCGGUGUGGUGACUACAUACGCUCUUGGCCAUGAUGCCAAUGGCCCGCGAUACAAGGCAGGGGACAUGACUGCUCGCUGGGUUCUCAGUCCGGGCGUGCCCAUCAUCGCGCUCAAGGUGGAUGAUAGCUACAACCACAAGCGAAGAAGUCUCGGACGGGUCUGGGCAUGUGCUGUCAAUGCGCUUGGAGAGUGCUUUGUCCUGACAGCGACACCAGAUCCUCCGACGGAGGCGAUGAGGAAAGACCUAGACGUAACCAAAGCGGCCUGGCUGGCUGGCCGCUCGGUGUACUGGGAACUCAUCGAGGCGACUCGCCGCCAGGCCCGUCCAGAUGGGCUUGACAAGAACGCAGUGCGCGGUGGAUACUCGCCCCGGUCUCCCAGUCAUGCUAUGGGGUUAAGCAAGGAGCAGAUCGUAGCUGAAGCUCGCGAGAUCGAGAAGUUCCUCCGCUACGAGCCGGCUCAUUUCAGGAGAGUCUGUGAAGGCUGGGACAUGCGGCGGCGGGUCGAGGUCGACUUUGCUGAAGAAAUCGUGCUCGUGAUCCGCUGCAUUCAAGACGAGGAUCACCCUGCCGAGAUUCUUCGCUACAAUAGACUGAGUUCCUCCAGUGACAUGGGUCAGUUGGGAACAGCAACACCGGCCACUGAUGCGCCGUCAUUGGCCUCAUAUUCAUCCAUUUUUGGCUCUGGACAUAAGACCUUGGAUGAUACUCGCACUCCGUCGCCUCUGGCCGAAGCAACAACAGGAUCCAGCUCCGAUGCAGGGCAAUGGCGAACUUCGAGGUUGACGUUGAAGAAACUGGGCAAGGCUGACAUCACCACGACAGCCCUGGACAACAGUCUAUACGCUGCUCUGGCUCCAUUUGAAGACCCGCUAAAUGGCAACGGUCCGUCGAGAAGUGGCACAACAACGCCGAUUUCGUCAAACCCGAGCAAUGGCGACAUACCGGGACGCAGGGCCCGCUUUCUGGCAGUCGGCACGGACCAUGGCAAGGUCAUCGUUUGGAAUGUGCGAGACGUUAGCCUCGAUACUGUCGAGCCUGUCUUUGCCGUUCAGACCGAGUCACCUGAUGUCACAAGCCUGGCGGUCUCGGCCUUGUACCUCGUCGCUGGCGGGAGCGAUGGUCUUGUCCAAGCCUGGGACCCUCUCGCAUCUACGACGGAGCCUAUCCGAACCCUAAGUUCCAAGUCCUCGGGAAGAGCGCCGCGUCAUAUCGUAAAUGCCAACCCAACUUUGCGGCUGGCCGAUUAUUCAGCAUGUCCUGCCAUUUUUCUUGAUCCAGAUGCUACCUCAUUGAGAGGCAUCUUGUGUUUUGGGACCUUCAUACGGUAUUGGACCUACAGCUCUACAGCUCCUUCUACCGGGCGCAAGCGGCGUCUCCGUCACUCGGACAUACACGGGCGCCUGGCAAGCCGCCGUCAAGGCGAGGCAGUGAAGGGGUACAUUGCUGCAGAAGAGGCUGAGCUUCGGCGCGAGCAAGAGCAUCGAGCCCGUGAGCAGGCGAGGUUGCGCAGUCGUUUUGGUGUCGGCCUGGGCGACCUGACCGAAGAGGAGGCUAUCCGAUACGCUCAGAUGAUAUCUGAGGAGGCAUUUCUGUACGACGAGCAGCGACGCACAAGCGCCAGCGACACUGGGUCAGCUGCUGACAUGGGAGAGAUGAACUCAACUUCAGGGAGUCUCGACACUGUGACACCUGAUCCCAGUCUUUCGGGGCGCAGUCCGGCGGCCGGGCUGCCCAUAGUCGCAGAACAUCGCGGUCAUGGUAAUGAUGACGGGAAUGAAGACGACGACUUCGAGCAACAGAUUCAGCGAGCGCUCCGUCUCUCACUCAUGGAGGGUGGAGACAGCCUGGGCCAG